GUAAUUUAAUAUCCCGCCACGGUCCCGUCUGUCACAGCUCCUCUGGACUUUACUUCGUGCAGGAUCAAACCUCAGCGGCAUUAUCGCAGAAUGGAUGUGAAGCUGUUGGCAGUCGUGGCUGCGCUCACGGUGAUGAUGAUAUAUGUGCCUCCAUCACAAGCAAAGCCCAUCAGUCUGGUGGAGAGAUGCUACUGUCGUUCAACAGUCAACAAUGUCCCACGAAGCUACAUCCGAGAGCUCAGGUUCAUCCACACGCCCAACUGCCCCUUCCAAGUGAUUGCCAAGCUGAAGACAAAUAAAGAGGUGUGUGUGAACCCAGAGGUCAGGUGGCUGCAGCAGUACCUGAAGAACGCUAUAAACAAGAUGAAGAAAUCCAAACAGGCCAACUAAAAGCUUCUGCAGAGAUGCUCCUGAGCCAUCACAGCUAUUGAACGUGUGAUAUGAGAUCAUCUGGUAUGUUGUACAGCACUUAUCCCGGCUGCCACGCUGCGGCCUUAUGCAUGGAAUAAACCUACAACUCUUUACUAUGAACACCAAUCCACCAGCCCCGUCGCCGACUUCACCAUCACCACUCUCAUCACUUAUAGAAAUCAUAGAUGUUAUUAGUGCAAAGUGCAAUUAUAUCUGUGAGUGUAUGUUUUUCUAACUAUAAUGUAUAUACUUUUUUGUUAAUGGACUUCAACAGUAAAGAGCUAUUUUUGGAGAUUUUCUUGUCCUUCUGGCCUCUCUGUCAUUUAGAAAAAGGGAUCAACCUGGGGGUCAAAGUGUUCAAGGGGGAGAGAUGUAGGUCAGCGGGAGGGUUUUCUCCAUAACAAACAUGAGUCAACAUCCCACUUGUAAGUAGUAGAGUCCUGUAGACCACUGAGCCAGGAGAUUUAUUAUAACUAAUCCUUAACAUGAGAUCUGCUUAUCCUUAUUGUCUCUGAUUUUAAAUUGUACACAAUGAUGAAGAACAAUGUAUAGUUUCUCUUCCAAAAACAAAAGAAUGGGCAGAGGCGCAGAGUUUGCCAAGUUGUAUUUCAUGUUUCAAGUUAAUUGGCACCAUGGGAUUUCAAUGGAUGCCAGCUACCCCAAGACUGAAUAUAAGAUGUAUAAAAGAUCCUAGUAAAAUGGCAAUUACAAUGUUUUUGUGAUGGAAAUUAGGAUGCCAAAAUAGCUUGAGCAUUUCCUGAGCUGCUCUGUGGCUGUGAUUACACGACCCUUUGUUACCCAGCAUGUCUGCUUUUUUCACUCUUAAGAGAAAAGCUGAACAUCUGGAUCCCAAACACUUUUAAUUGAGCAAGCAAUAAGUCAAAUUUUACUGGAAUUAGAAAGCUUUUUCACUAAAGAAGAAAUUGUGCAAACAAAUUCUGACACAGCUGUAUUACUAAAUUCAUGUUAAAACGAUUUUGUUAUGUCAGCUGGAUUCGAACUGAAAUAACUCCAGUAUGACUGUCCAUUUCGAAGAAGGGUGUACAGCAAUUAGAAUAGCAGUUACCACAUCGAGAGCCACAGCAGAGAAAAUAGUACUGUAGUACCCUUACUGACAAUUAAUAGAUGUUUGUGUCUACCCACAACUGUCAUGCAGAUAGCAAUGCACUUUAUAUCUGAUGUAUUCAAGUUCUAACAACAAAAUUUACUAUUACUCACUAAGUCUGACCAUUAAAUUCUGUCUGUUGUAUUUACUUUUUAUGUUAAUCGUGCUGUUUCCAUUCUGUUCUUUUUGAUCAUUGAAUGUGUAGCUGCAUUUAACUGUCAAAGUCUAGGAGUCAUCUAUUCAUUUAAAUCUCCUUGUCAUAUGUAAAAUUAAUAUUAUACAAAUGUUUUAUUUUUGUACUCUUUUAUGCAUUUAUAUAUUAAAUCUAAACAUUUAAAUGAAGGAUCUGCACUCUUACAAUUGAGUUGUCCAGCCAACAUUUUUACUGUUAAAGGGAAUGUUAUGGUUAGUAUUUGAAUGUAUGCCUUCAUAUAUGUGUUUAAAGACUAUCAUCAUAAAUGCACACACUUAUACCCACAGAUGCACACACACACACACACACACACACACACACACACACACACACACACACACACACACACACACACACACACACAAGUAUUUAGUUAAAUGACUCUUAUACUCAGUGUGGAACAAGCUUUUCCAUUCCCAACUCACAGCUGCUGUAAUCUUACUGUACUAGCGGAUCAGAGGGUAAAUCUUAAGACUUUGAUGUGAGAACAUGUGUUUAGCUUUACUCACAAGGGCAAACGCGAGGCAAGGACAAUAAUCCUGCCUGUUAUUUAACUAUUAACUCAACAAGCGACCAUUAGGAAAAAAAAUUAGCUAAAAGGGAUGAACUUUUAACUUCCCUCUAAGGGCAUUAUGUGAGGCGGAGCACAGAAGUAUAUGUGAUGAGAGUGGUCCGCUGAUUGAAACAUCAGGGAGAGAUAAAUGGCUGUGAAUGACAUUCCACAACCCAUUUUGCUGUGUUUACUGAUCAGCUUUGAAGUCCGGUUUAAGACCUUUAAGGAUAAAAGGAGAGUCAGCAGCACUCUUUGUGGGAGAUAAAGCUUUUGAUUUAGCAACUGAUUUAGCGCUAGUGUGCCCAUUUGAAGUGGAAAUUAAUCAGAUAUAAUCACUGUAUGAACUGAUUGUUUUAAUCUGAUAUCACUGCAGGAAUCUGCAGGUAGCAAUAAGUAUUUUCCUCUCCAAUAAUGUGAAGAUUAGGCAGCUUGUCACAUCUUAUCAGUCAUACAGAGGAUAGAUCCUCUUAUCUUUCAAUGUCAGCAACUACUUGUACUCUGAGUAAAUCAUUUGUUCACUGAGAAUAUUUUAAAUUAAACUUUAUAAGACAAA